UGAUAAAAUUUCAAAACAAAACAAAUCCGAACAGGAUAGUAGAGAAGAACUCCCAAUAUAUUUUAUUUCCACAAAAUUCUUCACAAAUGUCUGUGUUGCUGGCCUAAAAGUUAUGUUUAUUAAACCCAACUUGGUGAGCAAUUUUAGUCGGCAUUUGGUGAGAGUCUGUGUGGUGCAACAACGCCACAUGGCACAGCAGCAAACGAAGGAGUUUAAAGCAAAAAUUCAAGGCGUUCCGGAAAAAAUGCGCGACAAUCCAAUAUUAAAGAAAAUCGAUUCUCCUGAAUUUAAAAGCAUAUUCUCCGAAGAGCUAUUGACACUGGUGGAUAUCUUCAAGAAGUACAAUUAUGAGUUACGUAUUGCUGGUGGAGCGGUGCGUGAUAUUUUAAUGAAUAUCAAGCCCAAAGAUAUUGAUUUCGCAACCACAGCUACUCCCGACGAAAUGAAGGAAAUGUUUACGGCAGAACAGGUACGCAUGAUCAACCCAAAAGGUGAAAAACAUGGCACCAUUACUCCGCGCAUUGCUAAUAAAGAGAAUUUUGAAGUAACCACUUUGAGAAUAGAUGUGCGCACCGAUGGCCGGCAUGCUGAGGUGCAAUUCACUACAGACUGGCAGCUGGAUGCCAAUCGUCGAGACUUGACCAUAAACUCUAUGUUUUUGGGCUUUGAUGGCACUGUUUACGAUUAUUUCUUUGGUUAUGAGGAUCUUCAACAGCGCCGUGUGGUGUUUGUCGGUGAUGCUGCUGUUCGCAUACAAGAGGAUUAUCUGAGAAUUUUGAGAUAUUUUCGUUUUUAUGGCCGCAUAGCACGAGAAGCUAAUUGUCAUGAUGCCCCCACAUUGGAAGCAAUUCGGGCAAAUGUUGAAGGAUUGGCCAAAAUAAGCGGCGAACGAAUAUGGUCCGAAUUACAAAAGAUUGUGGUGGGUAACUUUGCCGAAGAACUUGUAUUGGAAAUGAUAAAUUGUGGCAUGGCGCCCUAUUGUGGUUUACCCCAAGAACCCAACACAGCAGAGUUCAAAAGACUUUGCACAGCUUUAAAGGAGUUCGAGCGGCCCCAUCACCCCAUUUUGUUGCUGAUAUCUUUGCUGAAUUCUGUAGAGGAUGCCAUGAGGUUGCACGAACGACUUAAAUUAUCCGUUUUUGAAAGGGAUUUGGCUUUGUUUAUAACACAACAAAGGGAUAGAGUUGAUGUUGAUUUUCAUACCCUGACAGACUACCAAAAAUUGUGCCUGCAUCCUUAUAUUAAUAAGGAUUACGUGGAACAACUAUUGAAAUACAAAAAUAAAACAGAGUUGUAUAAAUCGCUGAAGGCCUGGAAUAUGCCCAGAUUUCCCGUCAAUGGCAAUCAUUUAAAAGAACGUGGCUGUCCAAAAUCUAAGAAAAUGGGCCUUGUAAUAGACCAGCUGAAGAUUAUUUGGGCCGAAAGUAAUUUUAAAAUUAGUGCUGAUGAUUUGCUGGAUAAGCACUUGCCAAGUAUUUUAGAAAGUUUAAAUUCUCCCCCCUUGACGCCCAAAAAGAAAAUGAAGACCACAGAAUAAAACAUUAAAUUCAA